CCGCGAGCAACGAUCUUUCCUGCAGAAUGUGGGACGUUCGAAAACUUAUGUUAAUCGAAACUGGUGCACUUGUUGAGGGUGAUGAUGACGGCUCCAGCUCGCUUAAAGUGAAACCGCCUCCUGUCCUAGAAGCAAAUCAGGAGGCUGUCGCAGAUUUCCUUUCGUCAAAAUCUGGUCGGGGCUGUAUCCUCGGGCAAUUUGAGCAUAAACACAGUGGAGGAAAAAUAGUGACAACGUGGUAUGAUGAUAAUUUGACAAUUUGGAAUCUAGAUGCUUGGCUCUCAUCGGGGGAGAAAUUAAAGUCGGAUCGAUGGACCAUUCAUUAGAUAUCAUUGCGUACAACGGAGAGGAGAUCGGGAAGCUCGCCGAUCGCUCAAAGUGAUGACGUGG